AUGCCGCCCCCGAAGCGGCGCGCGAACGGAGGUGGCAGCAGGAACACGAAACGGAGGAAAGCGGACGACUCGAACGACUCCGGCACCGAGAAGGGAGGUGCCCGGCCCGCGUUCGGCGUUGGCAUGGUGAAGGGAAGGGAGGAUGAGUGGAGCGAGCCCGCAGACGUCAAGACGAAGGUUGACUUCCUCGAACUUCCCGUUGACGCGCUCUACCGUUAUCUCGAGGUCAACGACCUCCUUCCCCGCUGGGACGUGUCGCCCUGGAGCGAGGCGCCGUGCACUCCUCGUGAGUUGGCUCGAUUUUGA